GACCUCCUCAAAAAAAAGAAAACAAACAAAAAAGAAUUCAAACAAGCAACCAACCGACGGAGACGUAAAGUAAAUCAAAAUCAAAACAGAAAACCGGAAAGCAUGUGGAUUAGUAGCCGCCUUUUUGUGAUUUGUUUGCUGCUCAGGUUUGAUGCAACGAUUAGCGAACCCUUCGAAACACAUUUGCGUGGUCCCGGCUUUGUCAUGGAGCCGCCGGGUCGCGUUGAGUUCUCCAAUUCGUCCGGCGGCUGGCUGGACUGCUCCGCCUCGGGCAGUCCACAGCCGACGAUCGAUUGGGUGCAUGCGGAUGGCACGGCGGUCACGGAGAUUCACGGGGUGCGACGGGUGCUGCGGAAUGGGACGUUGGUGCUGAUGCCGUUCGCGGCGGCUGCCUAUCAUCAGGAUAUACAUAAUACGAUCUAUCGCUGCAUUGCCAGCAACUCUGUGGGUCGCAUUGUGUCGCGUGAUGUGCAAGUGAGGGCGGUUGUGGCGCAAGCCUACAAAGUGGAUGUGGAGGUAUUAUCCGCCUCGCGCGGCUGCACCGCCAUUUUGCGUUGUGUGGUGCCCACGUUUGUCAAGGAAUUGGUACGAGUGGUCUCGUGGGUUCAUGAACCCGCUAUCUACAUCUAUCCCUCGCUGCAAGGCGAUGGCAAAUUCCAUUUGCUGCCCACCGGUGAGUUGCUCAUCCAUAAUCUGCAGGAGAGCGAUGAAUCGCAGUCCUUCCGCUGUCGCAGCAUGCAUCGUCUGACACGUCAAGUGGUUGUCAGCUCUCCCACACGAUUGCGUAUUAAUUCUCAUCGCGGCAUCAUUUCGCCGAGCGUUGUGGAGCACACGUCUCAUGUGCAGGUGUCGCAGGACGAAGGAGCGGUGCUGCUGUGCGUGGCUCAGGGUUGUCCUUCGCCCGAAUACAGCUGGUACACCCAGAACGGUGCUGGGCCAUUGCCCGUUUUAAGUGGACCACGUGUGCGUCUGCUCGGACCGAUACUGGCAAUUGAGGCCGUGACCGGCGAGGAUUCGGGUGUCUACAAGUGCACGGCGAGCAAUGUGGGUGGCGAGGCGAGUGCCGAGCUGCGCCUAACUGUGGCCACGCCCAUACAAGUGGAAAUCGCACCGAAUGUGCUCAGUGUGCAUAUGGGAGGCACGGCCGAGUUUCGCUGCCUGGUGACCAGCAAUGGCAGCCCCGUGGGCAUGCAGAAUAUCCUGUGGUACAAGGACGGACGGCAGUUGCCCUCAUCCGGUCGCAUCGAGGACACGUUGGUGGUGCCGCGCGUCAGCCGUGAGAAUCGCGGCAUGUAUCAGUGUGUGGUGCGACGGCCCGAGGGCGAUACAUUUCAGGCCACUGCCGAGCUCCAACUGGGCGAUGCUCCGCCCGUGCUGCUGUACAGCUUCAUUGAGCAAACGCUGCAGCCGGGACCAGCUGUGAGCCUCAAAUGCUCCGCAGCCGGCAAUCCAACGCCGCAAAUUUCAUGGACACUGGACGGAUUUCCGCUGCCAUCAAACGGAAGAUUUAUGAUCGGACAAUACAUCACGGUGCAUGGAGAUGUAAUUAGUCAUGUUAACAUAAGCCAUGUCAUGGUCGAGGAUGGCGGAGAGUAUUCCUGCAUUGCCGAGAAUCGUGCGGGUCGUGUGGAGCAUGCGGCCCGCUUGAAUAUUUAUGGUCUGCCCUACAUACGGCUUAUACCGAAGGUGACCGCUGUCUCGGGCGAGACAUUGAAUCUGAAAUGCCCAGUGGCCGGCUAUCCCAUCGAGGAGAUACACUGGGAGCGCGGCGGACGCGAGCUUCCCGAUGAUAUACGGCAGCGUGUUCAACCGGAUGGCUCGCUGACCAUCAGUCCGGUACAGAAGCAUACGGAUUCCGGUGUCUACACGUGCUGGGCGCGCAACAAACAGGGUCACAGUGCUCGUCGCAGUGGCGAAGUGACGGUCAUAGUACCGCCGAUCAUAGAACCGUUCGCCUUUCAGGAUGGCCUGGCCGAGGGGAUGCGUACGCGCACCGUCUGCGGUGUCUCCCGUGGCGAUGCUCCGUUGAAGCUGAUCUGGCUCAAGGAUGGUGAGCCGCUGCCCGAUCUGCUGGGUGCCAAUGUCACCAUGCUAGAUCAGUACAGCUCGCUGCUGAGCAUUCCCUCGCUAUCGGCCACGCAUUCCGGCGAAUAUACGUGCGUGGCAAAGAAUCCGGCAGCUGAGAUCAAAUAUACCGCUCUGUUGCAGGUCAAAGUACCACCGCGUUGGAUUGUGGAACCUGUCGAUGCGAAUGUGGAACGCAAUCGUCACAUUAUGCUGCAUUGUCAGGCACAGGGCGUGCCCACGCCCAGCAUUGUGUGGAAAAAGGCAGCGGGCAGCAAAUCUGGCGACUAUGAAGAAGUUAGAGAGCGUCCAUUUACAAAGCUAUUGGGCAACGGUUCAAUGUUGCUGCAACAUGUAAAGGAGGAUCGAGAGGGCUUCUAUUUAUGUCAGGCUAACAAUGGCAUUGGCACGGGCAUUGGAAAGGUCAUACAGCUCAAAGUUAACUCCUCGCCGUACUUCUCCUCCACUUCGCGCUCGGUUACCGUUAAGAAGGGCGACACGGCGCUCUUGCAAUGCACUGUGAGCGGCGACAAGCCGAUUAACAUUGUGUGGAUGCGUUCGGGCAAAAAUACAUUGAAUCCAUCCACCAAUUACAAAAUAUCGGUUAAGCAGGAGGCAACACCAGAUGGCGUUUCAGCGGAGCUGCAAAUACGCACUGUGGAUGCCACUGAUAGCGGUCCCUAUUUCUGUCGUGCCACCAAUCUCUAUGGCAAUGAUCAGCAGCUGGUGCAGCUCCAAGUGCAGGAGCCACCGCAACCACCGAGCGUCCUGGAAGCAGCCAUGAUCAGCAGUCGCUCGGUGAACCUCAAGUGGCAGCCCAAGGCUCAUAGCACGGGCGAUGUGUCCAAGUACAUUGUGGAGUAUCGCGAGGCGGAUCCCGUACUCUUUAUUGAUCAGUGGCAGCACAUUGAAGUCAAGGAUCCGCCCAGUUACAAUGCUUUGAUUGAGAACCUCAAGCCAGCGACACGUUACGCCUUCCGCGUCAUUGCCGAGGGCAAUGCAGGACGCAGUGCACCCAGCCAAGAGUUGAUAAUACGCACGGAACCACAACGACCAGCUGGACCACCACUGAGUCUCUCCGCACGUCCGCUCUCCUCGACGGAGCUGCUGAUCAGCUGGGUGGCACCGCUGCCAGAGCUGCGACAUGGCGAUAUACAGGGCUAUAAUGUGGGCUAUAGAUUGGCCAGUUCGGGUAACACGGCCUACAACUUCACCUCGGUUUCGGGUGAUGGCGAGGGGGGCAGUGGGGAGCUGUUGCUCAGUGGACUCUCGAAAUUUGCACGUUAUAGUAUUGUGGUGCAGGCUUUUAAUCAAGUGGGUCCUGGUCCGCUCUCGGAGCCAACUGCAGCGCAGACAAUGGAGGAUGUGCCAAGUCGUCCGCCAGAGGAUGUGCGCUGUGCCGCAUUGACUUCCCAGUCGCUGCAGGUCUCCUGGCAGCCACCGCCAAUCUAUCACACAAAUGGACUGCUGCAGGGUUACAAGCUCGUCUUUGAGCCCAUCAUUGAUGACAUUGUGCCCAACAAGGACGAGGUUGAAUCACGCAAGACCACGGCCUUAACCACCGUGCUCACGGGUCUUCGAAAGUACACCAACUACAGCAUCCAGGUGCUGGCACACACUCGCAUGGGAGAUGGCGCCAUAUCCAAGCCGCUUUACUGCCACACCGAGGAGGAUGUGCCCGAGGCGCCUUCUGACAUCAAAGUGGUUGUCAGCUCACCGCAGUCGCUCUACGUCUCCUGGCUGCCUCCGACCGAGCCCAAUGGCGUCAUUACCAAGUUCAGUCUGUACACUCGCGUGGUGAAUGGCCGCGAGGAGCUGAACAAUGAGAAGCGCAGUUUGCCCUCACAGCAGGCCUAUUACGAGGCCAAGAAUCUGCAUCCCCACAUGGAGUAUCAGUUCUGGGUGACGGCCUCGACACGCGUGGGAGAGGGCAAGAGCUCCAGGGUGUCCUCGCAGAUCACCACGAAUCGCGUGCCGGCCAGAAUCAUUUCCUUUGGCGGUCCUGUGGUGCGUCCUUGGCGCUCUACCGUCACCCUGCCCUGCACUGCGGUGGGCAAACCGAAGCGAGAGUGGUUCAAGGCGGAUGUGGCACUGCGGCAAGGUGGUCUUCAUAACUCUCAGCUGUUGGACACGGGCGAUCUGAUCAUCUCCAGCUUACAGCUGGCGGACGGUGGCAACUACAGUUGCCAGGUGGACAAUGGCAUUGGCACAGAUCGCCUCACGCACAUGCUGCUCGUCCAGGUGCCGCCCUCGGCGCCUGUGCUCUAUGUGACCAGCGCCACCUCGAGCAGCAUCCUGAUGCACUGGAAAUGUGGAUUCACUGGAAAUGCUCCGAUCACUGGCUACACUCUGUUCUAUCGCCGUGCCACUGGCAACACGGAUGAGAUGCAGCUUUCACGUCAUGCCUCCAGUCACGAGCUGAAGGGUUUGGUCUGCGGCAGCACCUAUCAGAUCCACUUGAAUGCCCACAACAAAGUGGGCAGCUCCCCGGCCAGCAUUAUGCUCCAUGUGCGCACUCAGGGACAGGCGCCGGGUCUGCCAGCAACUACAAGUCUACUGGCUCCCAAUUCCACCUCGGUAUUGAUACGGCUGCACACCUGGCCAGACAAUGGCUGCCCCUUAAUGUACUUCGUGCUGCAGUAUCGUGCGGUGACUGAUGAUCCCGACAAGGAAUGGAUUUUGGUUUCCAAUGCUCUGAAGCCACAACGACGUGUGGUCAUCUCCAAUCUGCAGUCUUCGACACUCUAUCAGUUGAGAAUGGAGGCGCACAAUGUGGCAGGUGUUUCACAAGCUGAGUUCAGUUUCGUUACACUCACCAAGGAUGGAGAUCCGCCACCGCCGGAGAUUGUGCAGAGAGGUCAGCGCGGUCCAAGCGUCUUCUAUGGCAACAUCAAUCUGUUGAUACCCAGCAUCGCUGCUGUUUCCGGCAUGAUCUGUACCAUAGCCUUGGUCAUCGUCUGUUAUCGGCACAAACAAAGCAAUCAUAUACAAAAGGAAUCGCUUGAGAAUCGCGCCAACUCCGAGGCAGCACAGCGUGAGCGUUAUUAUGCCACCAUUCAUAAGGUUUCCAUGCAGAACAAUGAUAAAAUUCCGGAAACCUCUGAGGACAUUUCGCCAUAUGCCACCUUCCAAUUGUCGGAGGCUGGCAACUUGUCACAGCCACAUCAUGGCGGUCCAGCCAACACUCUGCUGCACUCGUUCAUGUACCAUGAGAGGGCUCUGGCCGAGGGCUGCUCGUCGCCACCACCAGCUGCGGUACUAAAACCAACCACCACCCAUCACCACCACCACCAUAACCAACGUCCACAAAAGACAAUUCAUAAUUAUUAUCAGACCUCACCGUUUCAUAAUAUCUCCAAGAAUCGACGUCGUCACUCACGCAAAACUGAACCAGAAAGCGAGGAAUCCGAAUCGGAUCAGGAUCAACUGACUUCCAGUCGCACCGAGUCUUCCAAUCAGCACGAGGGCAAAAUCAAGCACAGCAUCAUCUACCAUGGAGCACAAUCAAGCACAUCCUCCGAUCUGUCACCAAUGUCCGAACAAAAAUCAUUGCCACGACGCGGUCGCUCCAGGUAUCAUCAUCAGCAAUAUCAGUUUUCCACCAAUACAACACCGCGUCAUCACAAUAGCAACAAAAGCAACAACAACAUAACCACAAACACGGUCACAAAUACAAAUACAGGCACAUCGACAACUAAUUCGAAUAAAAUUCUAUCGCCACGCAACGGCACUGGCAAUCUGAAAUCCAUAUCGAGCACAUUCAAAUCACAAGACUCAAUACAAUGUCACAUACCCACAUUGGUUAAAUCGCCAUCGAUAAGUACACAACAACAGAAACAGUAUCACAAACAGCAACAACAACAGCAACAGCAACAAUUGAAUAGUAAAUCUGGUCAGAAUCAGAAUCAGAAUCCAAAUCCCAAUCAGACCCAAUGCAGUAGUAGCAGUAGUUUGAAGCAACAGCAACCACUGUUGAUCCAGCCAAAGCUCCAUCAGCUCGAGCCGACGUCAUCGCAUGUUAAUGGCCAGGAGCUAAUGGGCUUGGAUGGAGGCGUUAGUACCCUAGCAUCUGUUGUGCCCGUCACUUGCAUGCCACCCUCCUCACAGUUUCGACCCAUACCACACAAGUCCAUAAUGCCCGCGCAUGAGUCACACCACAAUCACCAUCAGCAACAUCAGCAACAUCAUCAUCAGAGCGCUGUCUCUGGCACUGCUCUCUUGAAUCCCUCGACGGCUCUGCUCUCCUCCAAGUUCUUUACGGCACCAACGUUGCCGCUGCCCAAAUAGGAUACGGCCAAUGGGGGGAGUGAAUAUAUGGGCGGUGGUGCUGCUGCUGAUGGCAUCAGUAGCACCAACUUUGGCUAUAAUAGCGGCGAGAUAUCGUGCACCUAUAUGGAUCCCAUAGAUCAGACAUGAGACUUGGCGUACGGUGAGGUGUGUGGUCCUGAGGGCGCCCAUUAAAACAGCAGCCAUCACACCACAACACCACAACACCAACCACCAAUAGGAACA